GAUCUCUAGACCUCUGUGCUGAGAAUGUCUGCCAUGACAUUCUGUCUAGGUUGUAGAAAAUCUCCAAGAAUGGAGGCGUCCUGUCUGGAACUGGCUUUGGAAGGGGAACGGUUGUGCAAGGCAGGAGAUUGUCGAGCUGGAGUUUCCUUUUUUGAGGCGGCCGUUCAGGUGGGAACAGAAGACCUGAAAACUUUGAGUGCCAUAUACAGCCAACUGGGGAAUGCAUAUUUCUACCUGCAUGAGUACAACAAAGCAUUGGAAUACCACCAUCAUGAUCUAACACUAGCAAGAACUAUUGGUGACAGACUCGGGGAAGCCAAAGCCAGUGGAAACCUUGGAAAUACUUUGAAAGUCUUGGGUAACUUUGACGAAGCAAUCUUAUGCUGCGAGAGGCACUUGGACAUUUCUCAAGAGCUGUUUGAUAAGGUUGGGGAGGCCAGAGCACUUUACAAUCUGGGAAAUGUGUACCACUCAAAGGGAAAGAGCUUGGCAUGCAUUGGGACACGUGAUCCUGGAGAGUUUCCAGAGGAGGUGAAAAUAGCUCUACAGAAGGCUGUGGAUUAUUAUGAAGCUAAUUUAUUAAUUGUAACGGAAUUGGGAGACCGGGCAGCCCAAGGGCGUGCAUAUGGUAAUCUUGGGAACACACACUAUCUACUAGGAAAUUUCCGAAGAGCAGUCAUGUCCCAUGAGCAGCGACUUCUUAUUGCCAGGGAAUUUGGUGACAGGUCAGCUGAAAGAAGAGCUUACAGCAAUCUUGGAAAUGCUUUUAUCUUCCUCGGUGAAUUUGAAAUGGCAGCAGAGUACUACAAGCGCACAUUGCAGCUGGCCCGUCAACUGAAGGACAGGGCUGUGGAAGCACAGAGCUGUUACAGCCUGGGCAACACAUACACCCUACUUCAAGACUACGAGAAGGCUAUUGAUUAUCAUCUGAAACAUCUGGUCAUUGCAAAGGAACUCAGUGACAGAGUGGGAGAAGGCCGGGCUUGUUGGAGCCUGGGGAAUGCAUACACUGCCUUGGGUAAUCAUGACCAAGCUGUGAACUUCGCAGAGAGGCACUUGGAAAUAUCAAGAGAGUUAGGAGAUCGAAAUGGGGAACUGACAGCCCAGCUGAACCUUUCUGACCUACAAAUGGUACUAGGACUUAGCUACAGCACUAAUACUUCAGUAUUGUCUGAAGUGCAGGAUGUGGAUACCAGUUCUCUUGGUGCGCGGCCUCGGUUAAGCAGACGUCACAGUAUGGAGAAUUUGGAACUUGUUAAGUUAACACCAGAUAAGGUGGAGAACUGGAACACUGAAAUACUUGCAAAACAGAAAUCCCUUCUGUCCAAGCCAUCUGCUAAACUUAUGUUUGUCAAUAGACUUAAAGGAAAAAAGUUUAAGAACAGCACUGCAAAAGUCCUGCAGGACACCAGCAAUUCCUCUGAUGUCAACAGAAAGAUGGCAAAUUCUCAGCGGAAAACAGCGGUUAUAGACAGCGUAGGAGAUGAAGGCUUCUUUGAUCUAUUGAGUCGAUUUCAAAGCAACAGAAUGGAUGACCAGCGGUGCAGCUUACAGGGCAAGAACUUCAUGAGUGUUCCCAUAGCCACAUGUUCCACGCCUCCAAAAUCCAUGAGAAAAUCUCUCUCUGCAUCGGUUGUUUCUCCUCACACUGAUCAGUUCCUAGAUCUCAUUGCCAGUUCUCAAAGCCGACGGCUGGACGAUCAGAGAGCCAGUUUCAGCAAUCUGCCUGGAUUGCUGAUCAGCCAGAAGCAUAGUAACUCUGUUCUGAGUCACCUGAUGGCCAGUGAAAACCGAGAGCCAGAUGAAGAUUUCUUUGACAUGCUGGUGAAAUGUCAGGGUUCUCGCUUAGAUGAUCAACGUUGUGCCCCUCCUCCGCCACCCAAGAAAUGUCCCACUGUCCCAGAUGAAGACUUCUUCAGUCUUAUUCAACGCGCACAAGCCAAGCGCAUGGACGAGCAAAGAGUGACAUUGUCAUCCUACCCUAAAAGACCCAAUACAAGCUAGGGCAUACUGCCAUGUGUGGUCUAUUCCAUUCUC